CAGCAACAACACGAGUAACAAUCCACGACAGGUGCCUACUGUAAAGACGGAACCAGGUCAACCUAGCCCUCUGGCUGGCAUAAGGCUCAAUGUGCCCUAUUUCAGAACCAUACCUGGUAUCAUAAAACUCGUACAAUUGUUGCAAAGAAACCAACGGAAAAACAGUUGUUGGUUUGUUUGGUCCUACCAGUAGCACGUAAUCGCACAAACGAAAACGAUGUUAAGAAAACGGGUUAAGUACCCGACUGGGUGGACGUUGCUCGACGAAAAUAUCAAAGAUGUGGAACGCGUGUGCCUCGAUCCCGAAACUCAAAGAAAACUGUGCUGUAUAGUCGGCGAGUAUGUCUUUUUGGAAUACCCAUGGAUAUACGUUCCUCGGGACGACGUUUUAAAGCUUUCCCAUGAAAUAGGAUCUUGUUUGGGAGCUUACAGAGAAAAAAUCUCUGCUUACAAUGGAACAAGUUUUUUAUUUGGUUACAAUUCGAUUGAACUGAGUUCUGAUGAAUUUGUAAUCUGUCUUACGGAAGAGGCAAGAGAUGCUAUUGUCCAAAGAAAUAAAAACAUUUCAAAAGCUAUUCUAAAUGGUAUUCGUCAACAGAUAGAAAAGAUUCCAAAAUUUUGGAAAUCGUUAGGCAGUGAGGAUGAUUUGGAAAGUUCAGCUGAAAACACAAGAGAAUUGUACGAAAUAGAGAUUAAUCUUCCAACGACUUUAUUAGGCUUAGAUCGUCAACUUUCUGAUAGAGAUUCUGAAGGAUGCAGGGAUAGUUACAUCGAUUUGAUACCUAUCAAUGAAACCUUCGAUAACAUUAAUAAGCUUCUAGUUUCUCGUGAAACUCAGACACAUCUACAACUUCGAGAAAGCUAUGUUCAAACAUAUCCCAAAAAUCCUAGAAAUGCUUGUACUCAGUACGUAUACGAGGACACUUUAAACGGUAAAUUACCUGAUCUGAAGGAUUUUGAAAACGUUGAGAAAUCUUGCGACGAAACUGAACAAAGUAUCGAUAAUAAAGAGGAAUUAGAAGAAAAGAAGGAGAAAGGGAGUGAAACAGAAAUUAGCAGAGAAAAGGAACCCAUUGAAAUAUUUUUGGAAGAACAUUCUCAACGAAUGAUCGAUGAGAUCAAAUACAACGCUGUUGUAAAUCUUUAUGUAGAUGAUAUUAAAAGUUUGAGUAAAGACGACAACAAAACGAUCAAAUCCAUAGAAAUACCAAUCCGUGGCGAGUAUCAAUUUUUUAUAGAUUUAAAGGCCAUUAAAGGUAAUACUAUUUCUGAUAUUUCUUGGCAUCCAAAGGUAAUGAAUUUCGUAGUUGUUUCUUACAUUGGAUUAUCUAACAUAAUUCCUACAUUGAAUUCCAAUCCAGGUGCGUUACUCUGGUCAUUGUCCGAUACCCUUAGACCACAAUCGUAUUUACGAUCUAACGAAGAUGUUCAUUGCAUUUCCUUUUGUCCGUCACAAGAAAACAUAGUUAUUGCAGGUUGUGAAAAUGGUCAGCUAGUUAUUUGGUAUAUACCAUCUCAUAUAAUCAACUCUGGUAGUAUUAUGAAUAAUAAUAACAAAUCCAAAGCAUUACUCGAUCAACAAGACAUAUUUGUUGUAAAUGUGACAGCAACAUCGAAAGAAGAUUCUUCUCAUCGGUUGCCAAUUCGAAAAAUCAGAUGGAUUCCAGCCAAAUUUCAGAUAGAACCAAAUGGAAAAUUGAUGAAAUCUUUAAAUGACGUUAACACUUGUCAAUUUAUGACAAUUGCAAUAGGUGGUAUCAUCAUCAUUUGGACCCUUGAUUUAUCAUUGAAUUUGUCCAACGAUAUCUUAAAAGAAACAUAUCGAUUAUCUAUAUCAAUACCGAACAAUUCUCAUAAUUUCACGCUUCUCUGCGUCUCCAUUUCCUCGGAAAGCUUACAGGAAGAGUGUAACAAUGCUCAUCGAAAGGUCAACGAGUCCGAUAGGAAGGAAGAAGAGUAUACUAGGAGAUUAUGGUUGGGUACCGGGGAAGGGGAAUUGGUGCGUUGCACCUGGAAAGGCCAGAUGUUCGAUGCGGAGCCGUCAAGUACUGAGAAGUGUAACUUCCUCGAUCGUUCCUUUGCUCACGAUGGUCCCGUUAUCGAAAUCAUUCGAUGUCAUCGUCUGUUGGACGUUAUUCUAACGAUGGGUGGACAUGUUUUUGCUAUGUGGAAUGAAAAUUAUUUGGAAUCACCGAUUUUCUGGAGAAGAUCCAAGGUUAUUUAUACUGCUUGUUGUUGGAGCUGUCAACCUGGUGUCUUUUUGAUGGGCAGAUAUGAUGGUGAAUUAGAAAUGUGGGAUAUCAAACGAAGAACUGGAGAACCUGUUUUUAUCAGAAAUAUUUCGGAUGGACCAUUAACUGUAUUAUCUUUUUGGAAGAAAACAAAAGAAUCACCUGGCCUGAUUGGAAUUGGUGAUCACAGAGGUAUCUUUCGUGUGUUUAAAGAACCAGCUAAGUAUUUAGACGAUGAUGAAAGAAUGGAUUGGUUUGAGGAAUUCGUAUGGAGAGAAGUUAAAAGAAAGAAGAUCUUUUCAAGCUGGCAAAGCGAAUUUCUUAAGAACGAUCCGACUGUGAUAGCGAAAAGAUUGGAGAAAGAGGAUCAGGAACGAAAGAGAAAAUUGAAAGAAGCUAAGGAAAAUCUUCAGAGAGAACAAGAAAGGAGAUUAAAAUUAGAGGCCGAUAAAAAGGCACGGAGCGCACCAAAAUCGAAAGAAACCAUUUGGAAAUUAAAGGAACAAAAGCGGAUGAGAGACGUUCUCUUGAAUAAAAAAGGAUUUGUUCCUGAAGAAUUGGAAAGACGAAAAUUACCGUUGGUUCGUUUACAGCAAGAAAAACGUUUGAAAUCGCAAAAAAUUGAGAAGGAAGUUAAUCUUUGUAAAAAAUCUUACGAAGAUAUCAUAGCCCUUCAAAUUCCUGAAAUAUCGAAUUCUUUUCAACGAACAACUAAAAUUCUUGACGAGAAAGUAAAUGAAGUAGAAGAAGAAGUUGAGACAAAUAUAGAACAAUAUAUCCAACAAUAUUGUAAUAUCAGAGACGAAGUUCGAAAAAUAUUAGCUGAAAAACUUGAACAAACUAUUUCAUAAUUAAAUAUAAACGAAAAAGUGCUAAUGUUAACAACGAUUUUAACGAUUUCCUUUCAUUUUUUUUAUUUUUACAAUUUUUCAGUAAUUAAAUCCGAGAUCAUUUUAUUUAAAACUUAUUAAUAAUAUGGUAUAAAAAUAUAAAAUAUCUGAAUCAUCUAACAAUGUAUUAUG